AUGAACUCUAUAAGUUUGAAUGAGAGUUCCAAGUCUGGUUGUGAAGCGCGAGGACCGACAGAAAGCGGGGAUAAUAAUCACACAGAUGCGACGGAAGAAGAGCACAACAAAAGUGAUGGUCGUGAUGAUGGGGACAGCAGUGAGUCGGAAUGUGAAUCCGGCGAUCAUAGGUCGACCCAUGUCGGUCAGAAAACUUCACAUAUCACAGCCAGUGACGAUGUAGAUUCACACACAGCGCUUUCGUUGAAGGAAGGAACUUGUAAGCAGAAUUCCGAGGAAAAGUUAAGCACACACCCGUCUCUGACUCUGUUUUCUAACGGUCCCGUGUUCCCUGCUCGACAUACCAGGGAUUUGCAGCUGUCUCAGCCGGGCCUAGAUUUGAGCACUCCCUCAGAUAAUGUUGACACCGCAACUUUAGAACUAAGUAGUGCCACAAAAAAGGCGAUUCUCAGUUUUAUCGAUACCGCUGAAGCUGAUGCCACAGGAAGGUUAGCCGCGUCUAUGAAAAUAGAUGUCCAGCCUAACAGUCCUAAAGAUAACGCCAUCUUAGAUUCCAGUAGUUUGGAGGCUUUUAUGAAAAAUCCAUCAGCUGCUUUGAGUGGAGAUGUAGAGAAUGAAUCACUAGCUCCUCUAAAUGCUUCAUUUUUUAGUUGUCAGUAUCAGACGCCUAACUGGAUUGAUGAUCCCCUGGUGGGAGUGCCUGCAAGUGCCAUGGAGAAUAAAAAUACGCACAGAAAAACUGGUGCGGAUAUGCGAAUUUUAACAGCAUAUAUGAGAUCGUUAAAUGAAAUGAGAUUACCAGAAGCAAUCCCGCCAACAGAACUUGAUAAAUAUUUAUCAUCCUUCUUUUUGGUAGUGAGGAAAGCAGACGGCAGUGAAUACGAACCAUGUAGUUUAAGGGCAAUGCUUGCGAGCAUUGAGAGGUACUUGCGGUUUAAGAAUUAUCCACUAUCUUUGACUAGAGAUUCUGCCUUUUCCAAUAUGAGAAAUGUGUUGAAGUUGAAACAACAGACACUGCGAUCUAUUGGCAAGGGACAGAAGACACCAAGUGAGGUGUCGCCAUCUUCGCUUGCCCGUGAGGGAAAAAUAGCCCACCUAUUCAAAUCUCAGGAAAUGGGGCCGUAUACGCCAAGCUCCGUCGUUUUUACUUUAUGCUUUUACUUCUGCAUGUACUUAAGGCUGAGAAAAUCAACAGAAAACAAGAAGCUUUUGUGGGGAGAUAUUAUUCUUUGCAAGGAUGAGAGUGGUCGCGAAUUUCUUACGUUUUCUAGUCAGAUGUUACGACGAGCACAAGGUUCUUCGAAGAUGAAUGUAAGACAGAGAAAUUACCGUGUGUGGGCAGAUCCAAGUUGCCCAGAGAAAGAUCCAGUUACUAUAUAUAAAUUCUAUGCACAAAAACGACCCGCAUCCAUGAAUACAAAUUUUGCGCCAUUUUACCUCGGAAUUAACGUCCUGUACCCAACUCAGGGACAGCUGUGGUAUAGACCGGCUGCGAUGGGGAUCAACAAGUUGAAUGAAAUGGUUCGCCAGAUAAGAGAUAUUACUGGUGUACGCAGUACUUCCGAUUUCCAUAGUGGAGCACAUGUGGCAGAAAAGAAAAUCUUUGACCUGGAUGUUACAGGUCAAGGUGAAAGAAGCCCACAAGAUGACCUUGAUGAUCAUCGAGAUUCUCAAAUAGAUGUGAAAACUGAGGUAAUGGAUGAUAGCGACGAUGAUGACUGUAGCUCCAAUUUGGCCAUCGAUUUCACCCAGGAACAACAUGAUCCGCCUCUCGACUGUUCCCAAAAUAACACAGCCUCCUCGUUAUCAGUCCACUACAGCAUAACUCCAACAGGAAUGGUUCAGGCAGUGUAUUCCGACCGGGACAACAGCAGUGACAGCUUUUCUCAACAGUCAUUCCCAACAAAUGCAAACGGUGAGGUCGCACAGGAUUUGAGCAACGGCGAUCACAGCCAAGAGAUUGACCUGACCACAGGCAGCAGUCCCGACUCACCCCUCAACUGUUCCACCAAGGGCAGGGCCAGCUAUGACAGUCUAGAUUAUGCUUCACAUAAACUGAGUUCAGGGGUGAAGUCAUCUGAUGCACUGAGUAUGUCCGAGGCCAAACUGCAGCUUUUGGAUAUUGUCAGAAAAAUGGAACUGUCGGAUGUUGAAGAAUUCAACCAUUGGCUAAAGAAUGUUAGCUUUUCUGCUGAUCCUCUCUCAGGUCAUAUUGUUUAUAAAGAGGAGGAGAGAGAUGAACGCAAGGAGCCGAUGAGUGUCAAGGCAAGCAGCAGUAACGGAACUCUAGGUGCUAGCAUCACUUUAAACAUAUCUCUGACCCCCCAAGCCUUGCAAGGUGACGGCCCCAUCACCGUUACUGCACAGACUUCCAUUUCCCCGGAGCAGCCACGCAUCUCCAACACUAGCCUCAAUCAUCUUGGCAAAAUCAACUCUCAUCCGGCCAAAAAUUCUCUGGCAACUUCCAAAACCCUUUCCAGUUUUUUCCCAAGUGGUAAGCCUGCUAAUUUUAAUUUGACCCCAUCUGGCCAAUAUUCGCCGGACAAACCGUUGGACCUGGCCACUAGUCCGGUAAGUAGACAUAUCAAAUCAUCUUCUUCAUCCUCCUCUUUGCAGUCGCAGACAGCAAAAUCAAACUGGUUGGCCGGAAGCAAUGGUAUCUUGUCUUCUCUGACGUCAAACAAUUCAUCCAACUCGGACUCUCCCUUGGCCAAGAGACUAAGACUGUCGGCUGAGCAGGCCGAGGCUUAUGCAAGCGCCUCAAUCAUGGCCAGUCUCAGCUCGGCAAAUUUCGUGAAUGAAAGAUUACGUCUGCAGCUGAUGCAAGCAGGGCUGCGCAUGGGCGACUAUAACCUGGAUACACAUACAUCCAACUUAAUGGACCUGACCAGCUCGGAAGUUCUGCGGUCCCAGUUGCUGCAGCAUUAUGGGAUCAAGUCAGAACCAAAGUAA